GUAAGAAAAAAUUUUUUUAUUUCCCAAAAUUUUUUUAAAAUAUAGGGCGGCUAAUAUAAGACAAAUGCUUGAAGGACUUGGAGGAAUGAUUAAUAAUAAAAUGGAAAAUGGAGAGACUAGCAGGGAAAAUGAUGUUAAAGGAUUGGAUGAAUUUAUUAGGAAUGGGCCUACUCCAAAGAAAUAUGAACAAAUUGCAACAAGACCUCGUUGUAUGGGCCUUUUAGAAAUUCGUGAUAAAAUAAAUAGAAAAAGAAAAGCAGAAGAAAAUAUUGAAGAAAAUUCUUUGGAAGAAAUUAAAAAUGAGGAUGACUAA